GGGGCUGUCAGUCCAAACUCUUUUUACCUUUAAAUAUUGCAUGAAAAUUAAGAUUGAACAUUAACUGAGUUUUACUGAUAUCAAUAUGGCAAUAGCUUCUGCUGUUGAGGGAGACAAAUAUCGUUCUUUCUUGCACGGAGAAGAAGAGAAGAACACCAAAUGGAGAUUUGGAGGCCCUCCAAACUAUGAUACUGUUAACAAACUCUUUGAAGAUGGCAGAACUAAGGUAUGGCCUCCCGGUUCACUUGAAGAGAAAGUGCAGAACCUAGUGAAGACAUGGGAAAUGGAGCUUUUCCACAAGGCUUGCGUUGAUGACUAUAAAUCAAUCGAUCCAAAGAAGUAUACUUUCAGCCUAAAUGGAAGGAAACCUUUAACUUUGGAAGAAACGUUCAAGCUUGGUGGAGGCUACAACGCCUUUAUGCAGACCUCCUUACCAGUGAAGUUCCGGGCCUAUGACCCUGAAAAGGAAACUGUGGAUUCAGCUCAUAUGGCUUUUACAACAGCAUUUCCUAGAGGGUUUGCUUUGGAAGUUCUCCAAGUUUAUUCAGGGCCACCAGUAAUUGUGUACAAGUUCAGGCACUGGGCUUACAUGGAAGGUCCUUUCAAGGGCUAUGCUCCUACUGGAGAAUUGGUAGAAUUCUAUGGGAUGUCUAUUUUUGAGGUGGAUGAACUCAUGAAAGUUGUGAAGGUAGAGUUCUUUUUCAAUGGUGGAGAACUGCUCGGAGGUCUUAUGAAGGGUGCUGCCUUGCAUGAUUCAACCAUAGAUGCAGCUUCAAGCUGCCCUUUCUUGAAGGGCACAGGGUAGCUUAAGAACUGCACUUGAGGCAACAUGAAUGAAUAAUGCUUGCUUCUGAUAGGCAUAUAAGCUUAUGUACUUUUUUAUAUGGAUAUGCAUAUUAGCUGCCCUUGCUUGUAAUAAAAUUUCUGUAUCUGCUUCAAUUGCUGUAGCAGUACCCCUCUGUGCUAAUGAAAUAUACAUUUAUGGACUAUUAA